ACUAGACGCACAGUUGUAUUAAUUGUCUUUUUGGCGUAUAUGUGCACUAAAGCCGACGAAUUGGGCUGUACGUUUUGUAUGUUUUCAGAUGAAUAUAUAAUAAAAAUUUAUACUUUAAAUAAUAAAAAAGUGUAUACAUUUUAAAUUUCUAAAAAAAUAUACGGAACAUAUAACAUUAUUUUAAUAACAAAAAGUGUAUGAAAAGAAAUAAAAAUUGACAGUGCUCCCUUCCCGCUUGUACAUAGUUCGCCUUAUUAUGCAGUGCAGUUUUUCGUCGCUUACACAUAUGCGUUCAAUAAAAGAUAUUAUUACUUUUAAAUUAUAUAAAUAAGUUUUAUUGAGAAAACUCUAAAGUAAUAGAAAUAUUUACUUAUGAAAAAUUUGGUAACACGUUUGCUGUGUGAAACGAGGUGUUUGAUUUUUUCGAUUAUUUAUAUUCCUCGCUUAUUAUAGUAUGUAUUAAUCGUCAGGUCCCACUGUGAGUGCUGUACAUUUCGUUUAUUACAUUACUGUGGCGUAUUGCCAUUUACUUUAAAAACUAAUUUUGGUGUUUCAACCAAAUUGUUACACUAAGUUAAUGUUUAACUAUUUAUCUACGGAGGUAUAUCUUAAAACAUUCAAUGGAAGAUAUUACAAGCUUAGACUCGUUUCCAACGGAUAUUACUGAUUCAUUGGCAAGACCAGAAUCUGAACUACCGGAAACGUCAGCAACACUAGAUGUCCCAGCAGAUAAUCCAACAGAUACACCAACAGCUGCACCAUUAGAUGCUCCAAUAGAUGCAGAUAUCCCAAUAGAUACAGAUGCCCCGAUAGAUACAGAUGCUCCAAUAGAUACAGAAGCCCCAAUAGAUACAGAUGCUCCGAUAGAUACAGAUGCCAGAAAAGGUGAUAGUUCAAAGGAAGUAACUGUACCGACAACCAGUGAUGAAGUUGAAAAAAAUUCUGAUGAUAAGUGCGAAGUAAAUGAUAAUUCUAGAGCCACACCAGUUGAUCAACAAGGUGAUGAAAGCUACCAAGAGAAAUUACUCUACGAAGAUAGUAUAGAGGAAGACAAACUAGAACCAAAGGAAGAACUUGAAGCUGAAUUCAGUCUUGUGGAAAAAAGUAACAUCGAAAAUGUUGACAACAGUGAUAAUGUUGAUAAUGACAAAAGUGUUGAAGAAAAUGCGGAUGUAGAGCAGUCGGCAGAUUUUGAGGAAGUUGAUGCAAGUGUAUUAGCAAGUGGUACAUCCGCAGCUGAUGAAUCAGAUAUGUUAGGUGAAUCAGAUAUGACACUUCCUACAAACAUAACAAACGAUGACGAAGUUGCAGUUAAACCAUCAGAUUUGGCAAUGGAAAUUGAUAAUAACGAUGAAGAAGAGCAUGAGGAGGUAGCUGAUGUUGAAAUGCGUUCAGUGAGUAAUUCGCCUGUAGUCGAUAAACAAACAACUGAAAACUCUACAGAGGCAGAGGAAGAAGAAUUGCGUUCAAAUAUAUUAGAUGUGAAUGAAACAGUAGAUGAAGAGAAUCCUGUUGAGUUAGAUGCUGAUGACAGCUAUGGUAAAGAUGUUGUUGAUGAUAGUACAGUCACAGAAACCGAAGAAAAUGAAAAAAAUAAUGAAACAAUUGAAAGCAUUGAGGAUAUAGGAACGUUAGAAUUGACGGAUGAGCCAACCACAAGUGGAGUUGUUGAUUCGAUAACUGAAGCUGAUAACGUGGAUAACGAAGAUGUCACCGCUGCAACAGAUAACACAGAAAAGAGUGUUGCAGAUACUAUUGAAACGGAAGACACAGAAACUGCAGAAGAAGAAGAAGCAGAACAUGAAGAUGAACCAGUCGAAAAUGUACAAGAACCAGAAGAAUCUGAUGUCUGCCUUAUACCGGAUGAUACGGAAACACAAGUGACGGAUGCUGAGAAAGAACAAGCUAUACUCGCUAGAGAAAAUGCAGAAAAAGAAGAUGAAGCUGCUAUAGCUGAAAUGGAGAAAGAAAAGGAAGCUGAGCUAGAAAAGGUUACAGAGGAAGUGGCAGAUGCUGAAGAACCGGUUGAGGAAAACGCGAAUGAAGGUAACACUCAACAAGAAUGGAAUAAUUUAAAAACUCAGUCAUCACCGAUGGGGUAUAUAAAUGUUGAAGAUUUAACAAGUUCUACUACAUAA